CUUAGUCGGCUCUGGGAUUCGAACCAGCGACCUUUGGGUUACUGGCCCAACGCUCUUAACUGCUAGGCUACCUUUCCUUCAUCUGCUUUCUUUCAUUCACUGAUUGUUCAACUAACUGUUCUUCUUUCUGUGCUGUGUGUAUUUGAGCACAAAGACAACAUUCAUAUGCUAAACAUUCUCCCAGGGAAAGAACACAUUUCAAUUGGUUAGAUAUUGUUUUCAGUAUAUGACCAUUUGUUUUAAUACAUUUUCCACUCUGUAACUCAUUGAUGCAGUGUGAUUUUACAGUAGCUUUAUAGUGGGACACUUCUCCCAUCUGAAGCCGAGUAACGACUCUGAGAGACGGAAGUUUACGACUGCUGUUUCAGCUUUACUGAUUAAAAUAUGGAGUUGUGUUGAUGUGUGUGUGUUGGUGUGUGUGUGUGUGUGUAUGUAUGUGUGUGUGUGCUUGCAAGAGUGCUUGUCUGUGUGUCUGUGUUUGAAAGUGGUGUAUGGCUGUCUACCUGCCCUCUCCUCAGUAAGUGCCAGGGCCUGUUCGUUCUAACCCACUGCAGCAGAAGGACAGAGACAUCCAUUGUUACAGGCUGAGAGAUGAGGGUUAAUAAGCCAUUCUGGUCUGUGUGAUAGCUGCUGACUAAUCAUGCUGAUGAUGCAUUUCUACAGCUUUGCAUGAAUAAAUGGGUGACGUGUCUUUUUAAGGUUUGGAAUAGUCUAAACCUUUAGACAAAGCCGUGUGUGUGUGCUUCAUUUUCAAAUGCAAAAGAUAAUAGAGCAGUGUUGGAGAUUCAUGUUUUUGUAGUCAUAUCCUCAUCGCUGUGUUUGCUCAGUUAUUAAACUGACAUUCAACUGCAAUGGAAUUAGUUUGUGCAUUUCCUGUGAGUGUGUGAGCAUGAAUCUAUACGUGAAUGAUGUCACAUCAGACCCCUCACUCAGUAGAGUUGGAUUCAGACUCCUCUGUGUCUCAUUAGUUGUGAGGUUAAUGUCAGCUAUAGUUUGAUUAGGAGAGGAGAUGCCACUCAUGCCAGAGGGUGGGAAUAAUUUGCUACCCAUUGACUCUGGUCAGAUUGAGAGACUCACAUAACUACACUCACAAUAAAACUGACUUUUAUAACACUGAUGUUAGAUUUUUAUCAAGACAGACUCAAACCAAUAGAAUAUCCUAAAUUCAAGCCAAAGAGCGAAACAUGCAAUACACAAUCCCUCAUUUUCUGCAGAUGGUAAAGUUGAUUUGUCCCGCCCAGAGCUAAGUAAACCAGAAGGGCUGUUCUGAGAGAUUUUAGCAUAAGCAAAGCGACUUUUUGCAUUCAUAUAGUGGUGGUGGUGGAUAAAUCAAGCUCAGCCGGUUCAGACAGGAAACCCUAGUGUUGCAUCAGCUGAUAUUGCACCAAUUAGAUCAUCGCUCUACGUUAAAAUGGGGUCUAUUUAGUCCACCAGGUUCUGCACACACUUCUAUAAUGGCUGCUGCACGUAAGCUAUGUGCUGGUGUUCUUGGUGACAUACAGUACUGUUGCUGUAACAUGUCUGUUUCCUGAUUUCCCACCAGCCACCACAGCCUCCACCUGUUAGGUUAUGUGUUUCCUUCCUGCAGGAGGAUUGGUAUAGCACACCUUGCUCUCUGCCUGUAAUUAUUAUUAGCUUAACAUUAUGCAUGCUCUGGCAGUGAGCUACCCCGAAGGAGCUGAGCCUAAUGCCGAGACUAACGUAUUGUAAUAUUUUCUAAUAAAUGGUUAAAUGAACACGUGGGGUUUCCUUUCUGAAGGUGAGUGCUUUUCAGUGUUGUAUAAAUCCAAUAAUCACGUCAUGGAAAGAAACCAGUGGUCAGUGUGGGGUAAUUUAGCUUACACUAUUACAGACACCUUAACCUUGAAGUGGAUGGAAUGGACGCAAUGACAGGAGAAACAUUUACAAGAGAUGAUGGGGGGGGGGGUUGAUUUUAUGAAGAGGAGAGGAGUAUAAGAGAGGGAGAGAGAGAGAGAGAGGGGAAAAGCUUACCUUCACACAAACCACCUCAACACACUCACCACCUCAGCCACCGGCAGCAGUGUCCAGAACUCUGCCUCUUCUCCAUUCGUUUCUCUCUCUCUCUCUCUCUCUCUCUCUCUCUCUCUCUCUCUCUCUCUCUGUCAGUGAUGGAGGCAGCCAUUGGUGUACUGGUGUCCCAGUUCAAGGCGUUUGCUGGAAGUGAUGGAUCCUCAGACACCCUGAGCAGAGAUGAGUUCCAGAGCCUGGUCAAAACACAACUCCCCAACUUCGUUAAGAACGCUGGUGACCCAGCUGUCAUCGACCGACUCAUGGACUCAAUUGAUGAGAACAAGGAUGGAGAGCUCACAUUCCUGGAGUUCUGGCAGCUGAUUGGACGACUAGCAAAUCAACACGGCGACUUUAGCCAAUAGGAUGUCUCCAUGUCUUGUUCUGUUACUACCAUAUAAUUACAAUGAUAACUUAUUCUAAUGGUAUGGUUAUCCCCAUGUUGUGUUUCUAAAUUGAAGUGUCAAGUGUGGGGAUUGGUCUUGACCUGCAAAAUAAAAACAUGGAUGAAUCAUA